GGGCGGCCUCCUCUGCCCCGCCUCCAUCCGAGGAAGCUCUCGCGGGCGCGCCUCCCGCGCGCUCGAGCAGCAGCUCCGAGGGAGCCCCACCGAGCGAGGGGUCAAAACGCUUGCAGAGCCGCGUCUCUCACAAGAUCGAGCCGCCGGACAUCUGGGAGCAGGCCAGGCCCCCCAGGCGUUUUGCUGAUCCGAAGGCACUCCAGCGCGCCAACCCCGUUCCAGCCCGCGGUGGCCCAGCGCUCGGGCCGGUCGCGGAGGCCGAAAGAUUGGUACAGGGGGUGAGGGCCUUGAAUUGGCGGCGACCGUUGGUUGAAACGUGCGUCGGAGAGAGAGGACCCGAAUAACGCGCUGGUCAAGCUGCCGUGCUGGCCCACCACCGAGCAAUUGGUACACAAACAGUUGCGGCCGCAAAAUGCUGCAGUCACACUAGGCGCGCCCCGCCUCCAUUCCGGAGCGUCGGCCUUCAUUGUUGUGACAGCGCACUUCACCCAUUGAUUCCGAGGGUGGAGUGGAUUGACAGUCGCGUCAAAUGACUGGGGCGGCCAAACGAUCGUCACACUAAAUGACUCUGGUGGGUGGGUAUGACCGACCUCGAGUUGCCGGCUCGGCUUAUGCGACACCAGCAACCGGCGGCACCUGCACCCUACGGAAACCGCUGGCGGAGCACGGGCUCCGUCAUAAGUUCCUCGAUUCUCGGAUCGGCACGAGCUGCUUGGAGGCGGCCAGGAGUUCUGACCUGGUCGACCCACAGAAA